UCCACCCACUUAAUGUGCUUCUCUUCCCCUUCCAGAUGAUUCUAGCAAUGCUUCUCAGUUUCUGUGGCCUGUCCCUGUGUGACAGGCAAAAGAGAAGAUUGAAAAGAGACGAAGGACAUAUUUACACAUGUUCAGCUCAUAUAAGCAGCAACUUCUUGAAGAAUCAUAAUGUAUCUGGCAGUAUCGAUAAGGUAGAAAAAGAUCACAAUGAAUCACUCGACAAUAACUGUACUGGACCACAUAAUGCUUCUCAUUUACAUGAGCGUUCAUUAUCUCCAUGGACUUACCACAAACAUGAAGACCACGACAGAAUCCCCAGUGUUAUUGACAUUGCCCUCUGCAGUUGCAAGAGUUGCUUAACUAAAAAUCCUUUAAGGGGUCAUGUGAAAUCACUACCAAUCAAAAUAAAGAUGCCAGUGUUCUACAGGACAGACGAUGGCAGCGGUUCCUACUGCCAUGUGAACACAACCAUUAAUGUCUCUGUAGGCUGCACCUGUGCCUUUCCAAACAAACAAAGCCAUUCUCGGGGGAAUGUUUAAAUACUUAUAUUUGUCAUGCAUUAUCCUUUUCUUCAGUUCAUCAACAUGUAUAACAAAAAUGGUCAGCGAUUAACAUGGCACCACAAAACUGUUCUUUAUUCCUGUUUAUAGCUUAUUUGAGCUAUAAUUAUCUGUACAACAUCAAUGUGGUUAAAAAUGAAAACAAAAGCUUUUUUCUUUACCUGUAUCAGAGAAUUACACAAUUUGUAAUAUUCAACUUUGCACUGAA